GGAAGCCGGAGCGGGCGGAAACCCGGAACGGAGAACGUUAGACAUCGACGUCCGGGUCCGCUACAUGUAUUUGAUAUCUUUCGCUCUUCUCACCACUCACCUCACUUCACCUAUUCGCCUCGCCAUUACCACACCAGACCCAAAUACAACACCGUCAAACCGCCAAAAUGACCAUCACCCUCCGCCCCGCCACCGAGGCCGACGCCCCCUCCCUCGCCCGCAUCGCCACCGCCGCCUUCGCCGACUCCCUCUCCCCCCUCAUCUUCCCCCGUUCCCAACUCGCCACGGCAACCGUCACCGAAGCCGAUCUGACCGCCGACGAGAUCACAUGGCGCACGUCCAUGUACAUCAAGCGGAUGCGCGAGGGGAAGCCAUGCGUGGUUGCCGUGCAAGUUGACGAUUCCACCGGUGAGGAGAAGGAAAUCCUGGGUUCUGCGCACUGGCAGAAGCCUGGGCCUGAGGGACCGGAGGUGCUGGGCGUGGAGGUUAGGCCGGCGACGUAUGAUAAGGACAUGUUUUUCAAGGUUGUGGAGAGGUUCACUGCAAAGGACAAGGAGGGUUUGGGACCGAAGGGUCAUGAAGAUUAUUGGUAUGCAAUCUUGAUCAGCGUCGAUCCCAAGCAGCACAGGAGGGGAAUUGGCAGGAAGUUGUUGAAUUGGGGUCUGGAGUUCGCGAGGGAGGAGGGAAGGGAUGCGUACUUGACGGCUACCGAGGCGGGCGUGCCGCUUUAUGAGGUUUGCGGGUUUGAGAGCAUGGAGACAUAUGAUUGCUAUGGCGUGCCCUUGACGAGUAUGGUUUGGAGGUUGGACAAGAACCAGCAGUGAGCGCCGGGGACUUGGGAUGGGGUUGCAAAGUUGGUUGAGGUUGGAUAGAAGGAAGGGGGUGACAACCUGAGCCCCUAAAAUGCACCACCCGUUCCCAGUUUUGGGGAUAGUCUUGCCUCUAGCGAGAAUCCUUCGGAGGCUCGUUGGUUCGUUGACACCUAGCUGGGCUGAUAUUUCAUCUGGAAUUCCAGCCAUGUUCGAUUCUGACAACGAAUGAAACGCUUUCUCUCCC